ACACUCCUACUCGGACCUACGGUUUGAGAACUUUGAGAACUUAGCAACUGUGAGUUCCAGAUCAUUCUGUAUACGGUGGUUCCGUCAGUGCACUAAAUUUGUUCCAAUUUAGUUUUACCCAUAGCAAAAUGAAAUCAUUAUAAACCUUUUCCCUCCUCAAUGAUUUCACACGAAACCCCUAGACAAAUAUCUAAAAUACCAUACGUGGUUUUCCGUCAUGAAAAGCCUCCUCUUCCUCCUUAUCCCGGCCAUCUUCGUAGCCGUCAAUGGCCGCGAAAUCCGCCAAAUCGUGAAGGAAGCCCUCGAAGGCCUUGCGGGAAACUGGCAGUCCCUCACCGACGACUUCACCGAUGACAGGAAAAUACGCCAAAUCAUGCUGAGAAACCGCCAAUACGACAUUCCCGGCGGCCGGGAAACCGGAAAGGAUACCGGGUUCGUCUGUGAUAGCUGGAGAUUCGCUGUUGAAACUAACAAUCUCCGAGAAUGGAAAAAAGUCCCUGACAAGUGUCAGGAAUAUGUUGGUGUUUAUAUGACAGGGGACAGAUAUGAAUCAGAUUCAGAGAUUGUUUCGGGAGAAGCAGAAAAUUUCGCCCGAAAUAUUAGCAUUUUGGGGGAUGGAAAAGACGUUUGGGUUUUCGACAUUGACGAAACUUUGCUCUCGAAUUUGCCGUAUUACGCUGAAAAUGGUUUCGGAUCAAAGGAUUUCAAUGAAGACUCCUUUAAUGAAUGGGUAGUUAAAGCCGAGGCACCUGCCUUACCUUACAGCUUAAAGCUGUAUAAUGAACUCAAGAAACUUGGGUUUCGAGUCAUCUUGUUAACAGGAAGGGAGGAAAGUCAGAGGACUGUGACUGCAGAGAAUUUGAUCGCAGCUGGUUACGAUUCAUGGGAGAGGCUUAUUUUGAGGGGGGCCAAGGAUAGUGGGAAGCCAGCCGUGGUUUAUAAAUCAGAGAAGAGGAUGGAGAUUGAAGGUGAAGGUUAUAGAAUUCAUGGCAACUCUGGAGACCAAUGGAGUGAUUUAUUGGGAUUUGCCAUCGGUAACAGAUCCUUCAAGCUUCCCAAUCCCAUGUAUUAUAUAAGUUGAAUUGUGGCACCAAAUGAACCACCGUCUAUUAUUUAAAUAAACAUGCAAUGUCAUGCUCUCUCUCCAUGCAUAUCCAUUAUGAAUGCAUAGCCGGUAGCUGCAAUGGAAUGUUCAGUUUAGCGUACUUUGAACCACCCCAUCAUUCAUGACACAUCCUGUAACCAUAUGUUAUAGCAGGCCAUCCCUUUUGCUUCA